AUGAAAGAUGCUUACGCCCUCCAGGAAGAGAUUCUGAAGGAAAUAGGAGAAUUUCAAAAAACCGUCGAGGUCGAGCCUUCGAAGAAAGAGCGUCGGCUGCUCCGCCGAGAGAUUGAACGGCUUCUUCGAAAGCUCAAGAAGAUCGAGAAAGACAUGGAUCGUCUCAGGGAGGAGAUCUGGGAAGUCCAGAAAAAUCGCCCUCCAGAGCCCCAGAAGAAGAGUGAGUGAUCCAUCCAACUUCUGAUCAAUUCGUCUCUUUUUCAGGACGUCAAGCAGCCUCGUGGGAGCAAAUCAAGGCCUUGCGAAAACCAAACUGA